ACCGAGCAGUGAGAUCACUGGCGUUAUAAAUAUCCCAGUGCCAGCGCCGAGAUCCGUUCGGGUGGCCUCUCUCUCUCUCCCCCUCUCCCUCUGUCUUCCCCGAGGCUAUGUCCACCCGGUGCGGCGAGGGGGGCAGCACCAAAGGCACGCAGCCGCGCGGGGGCUACAGAGCCCAGAACCAGCCCUACAAGAUGCACUUAGGACCCCCGCGGCUGGAAGAAUGAGCUUGUCCUUUCUCCUCCUCUUCCUCAGCCACCUGAUCCUCAGCGCCUGGGCUCACGGGGAGAAACGCCUCGCCCCCAAGGGGCAACCCGGACCCGUUGCCACUGAUAGGAACCCGAGAGGCGCCAGCAGCAGCCGGAGCGGCAGUAGCACGACGUCUUCCUCCUCUUCCUCUGCCUCCUCCUCCCCCGCGGCUUCUCUGGGCAGCCAAGCAAGCGGCUUGGAGCAGGGCAGUUUCCAGUGGAGCCCCUCGGGUCGCCGGACCGGCAGCCUCUACUGCAGAGUGGGCAUUGGUUUCCAUCUGCAGAUCUACCCGGAUGGCAAAGUCAAUGGCUCCCACGAAGCCAAUAUGUUAAGUAUUUUGGAAAUAUUUGCUGUGUCUCAGGGGAUUGUAGGAAUACGAGGAGUUUUCAGCAACAAAUUUUUAGCGAUGUCAAAAAAAGGAAAACUCCAUGCAAGUGCCAAAUUUACAGAUGACUGCAAGUUCAGGGAGCGAUUUCAAGAAAACAGCUAUAACACCUAUGCCUCAGCAAUACACAGAACUGAGAAAACGGGACGGGAGUGGUAUGUGGCCCUGAACAAAAGAGGGAAAGCUAAGCGAGGCUGCAGCCCCCGGGUUAAGCCCCAGCACAUCUCUACCCACUUCCUGCCAAGAUUCAAGCAGUCGGAGCAGCCAGAACUUUCUUUCACAGUAACUGUUCCUGAAAAGAAAAAGGCACCUAAUCCUACCAAGCCAAAGGUUCCCCUUUCCGCACCUCGGAGGAGUCCCAACACAGUGAAAUACAGACUCAAGUUUCGCUUUGGAUAAUAUUCAUCCUGGCCUUGUGAGAAAUCAUGCCUUCCCCUCAGGAGUUUCUAUAGGUGUCUUUAGAGCUCUGAAGAAACACUUUUGGACACAGAUUCAGCUAUGCUACACUGUAUUGAAGUCAGGUCAUUUGUUUCAGUUUGACUGAAACAAAAACGUUUUCUGAUAGGAACUGAACUGGAAUUCUUUCUACGAAUAUACGGAGCACACUGCUUCAGUUCAAAACAUAAAGCCUUUUGCUUUAUGCUGAGUGCAUACUAGGACUCUGUAUUUUCAGAAAGUUAAACAGCAUGUACUACAUAUUUUUCUGAUUUUUACAGAUCAACCCGAAAGAACAUACAUGAUACAUUUUUAUUUUUGGUUUCCAAAGAAUAUUUUGA